AUACGUACUUGGCAAGUUUGGAAUUGAAUUCCGUCCAGCUGGUUUCCCUUUGCUUCCUCUUGUCUGCAUUUAGUUCCUCGCUGUGCCAGCCGACCACAGCAUUUGCAUUGCUAGCUGAUCCAGUUCAUACUUUUUUUUCCAACUGUCAAUCCAAACAAAAAAUAGUGAUGGCGGCAACUGCCGAGAGCGCCGUCGAGUCGCUGUUGGGCCGCCUCUCGUCGAUGCUCCUCGACGAGGCACAGCUGCUGAAGGGAGUGAAGGGUGACGUGCAGUUCAUCAAGGAUGAGACGGAGAGCAUGAACGGCUUCCUCCUGGACGUUGCCGGUGGCGGGCACCAGGUCCGGGCGUGGACAAAGCAGGUCCGGGAGGUCGCCUGCGACUCCCAGAACUGCAUCGACCGCUACGUGCAGACCUUGGGUGCCAGCCGUCCCUCGGCGGGCCUCCUGGGCUCGCUCCAGCAGGUGCCGAAGCUGGUAAAGACCAUGCCGGAUCGCUACCGCAUUGCCAAGCAGAUCCGGGAGCUCAAGGGCCGGGCGCGCGAGGUGGGGGAGCGGCGGCAGAGGUAUGGCGUCAAAGCUCCGAUGCAGAGCAGUACAGGCGCCAAUGGAGCGGGAGAUGGCGCCACCAAGACCAAGCUGGGGGAUGCGGAGGAUGCACGGAGGCGCCGUGUUUUAGCUGAUGUUGAUGACUUGUUGAACAACGACGCGCGAGAGCUCAUGGCUUGGCUCAUCAGAAGUGAACGCCAUGACCAUACUCCGCCAGUCUAUCAGCAUGUCCCUAAAUUCUUCAAGAACAUGUACGCCUCCACGUCCAAGAUGGAUGACCUGCUGCCAGAGUAUCACAGGAUGUUUAGGGGGAUAGUUGGUGAUGAAAACCCAGAGAACAUAGCUGAUGCUGCUGCCGUCUUGACCAAAGCAGGCAUAGAUAUGACGAAACACGAGAUUCGUAUGGUUGGCAGUGUGGUGAAAAAGGUGCUGGGACAAUUAGCCCUUGGCCACAAAUCUCGACAAGAUGAAAAGAAAGGAAAAAAACCAGCAGCAAAACCAGAAGGAAGCACCCCUCAAGAAGAUGGAAAGAGCGGGAAAGAUGACAUGAAGGAAAUGAUAGAAGCAGAGGCAUUGUACACAACACAGGUCUCUCUGUGGCUGACACGAAUACUCUGCAAUGGCAUCAUUCAUGAACUAGCCGGCAAAGGCGUGUUCCGGAAACUAGCAGCAGCACUUGGCGGCGAUCGAGGACGGCUGCCUAGACUCCUCGUUGUUGUAACACCACCAGUGGAUAUCCUCAACCCAGAGGAGGACCAGCUGCGUACACACAAGCCUGCGACGGAGCUUGUAAGGAGAGUGUACGACAACGCCAAGAAGGCCAAACAUUUCGAAUGCAUGGCUUGGGUCGACGCAAGGCUCCACGCGCAGCGCAAGCAGAGGCUUCAGUGCAUACUCCAACAACUGGUGCACCCCUCAUCUGGUGAGGCAGCACAAGUCGACGAUGAGAAGGAGCUCAAGAAAAAGAUUCAGGAACACCUGAAAGGUAAAAAGUUCUUAAUUGUUCUGGCUGAUCAUGAUGAUCUCACACCAUGGGAAGACAUAACGCUAACAGAUGCUCUGCCCACUGACUACUCUGAAGACAGUGCUAUCAUAGUAACUCCCUCAAUGCAGCACCCAGUUCAAUUGCAUGUGUGGUACGCAGCCAGCUGGUUUUUCUUGGGAAGAGCCACUCACUAUAAAGUGCACUUCUAUUCUCACCUUGAUGCUCUAAACAAGAAAGCCAAUGAAUUGCUAGUCGGUAGCCACCCUAGAAAAGAUGAAGUACAUGCCAUCGUCAAGCAAAUCCUCAAGAAAUGUCGCUGGGAUGCCUUUUCCACCAAGAUGGUCCUUCAGGCUCUGUAUGCUAAUCCUCACAGAAGCAAGGCCGAGUUGGAGACACUGCUGGAUAGCAUAAGAGAGUUUAACACAGUCCCUAAUGCCCGGAACAUCAUAAGGUUAUGCUAUGAUGACCUCCCCAGUCAGUACAAGGCGUGCUUGCUAUACCUAUCAAUUUUCCCCCUAGGUUCCAAGAUCAGAAGGACAAGCUUAGUCAGAAGAUGGGCAGCUGAAAACAUCAUCACCAAAAGGUACGACCUCAGUGCAAUGGAUGAAGGUGACCGUGCUUUCAGUGCACUACUUGACCGAGGACUUCUUCUUCCUUGCCGCAUUGAUCCUGCAGACAAAGUCAAGAGCUGUACAGUGCAUCAUCAUGUCCUCUCCUUCAUUGCCGAGAUGGCCCGUGAGGACAAUAUUGGCAACACACUUCUGCCGCUAGCCUUGUCUCGCCGUCUCUCCAUUCGCAACGGAAUUCAAGUUCUAGAACUCUCCAAGAAGCAACAGGGCACACGUUCCAAUGCCUGCUGGAGAUUCCACGGGUCUUCUCGCUCCAGACGUUCAGAAGAUUCUCAAGGUCCAUUGGAUGACAUGGUCACGUUUCUCAACGUACUGCAUGAAUCUCCUCGGUUGGGAUUGAUCAAAGUGCUUGACCUGGAAGACUGCACUGGACUGAAGAACCGCAACCUCAAGAACAUAUGUAACAAGAUAUUUCAGCUCAAGUAUCUGAGUGCAAGGAAGACAAGCAUCACCGAGCUGCCCAAGGAGAUCAGCAAGCUCCAAGACUUGGAGACACUUGACAUCAGGGAAACCAAGAUAAAAUCGUUCCCUGCAAAAGCAACUCUGCCACCAAAGCUAGUGCAUCUGCUUGCUGGUGACAUUUACCGUCCAUCUAACAAUGACACUGGAUCUACUGAAUCAUAUUCCACCAUCCAUAUGCCUCCUGGGAUUGGGAGCAUGACAAACAUGGAGAUACUAUCCCAUGUUGCAGUUUCCGAGAGUGCAGAUGAGCUGCAGCAUGUUGGCCAGCUGCAGCGGUUGAGGAAACUGGGUCUAGUUAUCCAUGGCAACAGCGACAGGCUGCUCAGUAUUUUGCUUAGAGUAAUCUGGAAGCUUGAAUGCCUAUACUCUUUGUCAGUCCAUAUUGAGGCCGGUGGCAAGGAUGCUGACAUGAACACGAAGGGCAUAACAAUCUCGCCUCCCAAGUCUCUUGAAAGACUUAGCAUCAGUGGCAACAUCAGCGAACUGCCUAGAUGGAUUGAAGAGCUUCCUCAGCUUUCCAAGAUAACGUUAUGCCGUACCUCCUUGACAGAGAGUGAUAUACAGUUCUUAGGUAAACUUGUGAACCUGCGCUACAUCAGGCUCCGCCAUGAGUCAUAUACUCCAAAGAAGCUUACUUUCAAGGAGAAAGAAUUCAAAAGACUUGAGUUUCUUAUCAUCGAGGGCACAAUAAUCUCCGACAUCACAUUUGAACAGUAUGCAGCCAGUCAGCUCGAGAAGAUGGUUUGGACGCCCACCAGCAUGGUAAAGCUAUGUGGAUUGGAACACCUCCUAAGACUACAAAUGGUUAAGAUCAACGGCAAUUGCAACAUGGAUGACAUCAACAUGGAAGCACAUCCAAAUCAUCCUAUCCUGGAAAUCAUUGAGGCCAAUGCUACUGCUACCGCCAGCAACGCUCCUGCUCUGCAGUAGAGAGUAGAGACUAUAUCAGCAUGCGGUUAUUUGUCCUGGUUGUGUGCUACUAAUUGAUUCUGCUGCUGGUUUGUCCGAGUGUAUGUGUGUGCUGUCAUUUGUUAUGCAAGUGAGCCUGGGUGUUUGCGCGUGUGUGAUUAUUUAUUUUGCAUUGAGUGGUGUGCUUGUGCUCACAAGUUGGAUUUGUCAUUUGUGUGUGGGAUUUCUGUGCUUUCAUAUGGACCAUGUGAUAAUCAUGGUUUUCUAGUGUGAAUUAA